AAUACCAGUUGGAAACUUGGAAGACAACAAACCCUACUACCCCCUGGGUGGAUUCCUCCGCCGCGGCGGUCUUCGGCGCCGCUUUCAUUUGCUGCUCGCGGUGGCCCUCUUGUUCCAGAAGAGGGGAAAAUCGUUGGGAGUACUCGUGCUGCGGGAAAAAGGAAAAUAGUUAAGGGUCGCGCUGCGGCAAAAGGCAAAAUCGUUAAGGGUCGUGAUGAUUCGGAUGAGGACGAAAAGCCAUACUAAAGAACCAAAAUCAGACGGAUGAUAGAUUCCGGCAUUUCUAUCCCGACGAGAUCACUUACGACGAUCUGAGUGGCGAGGAAUUGGAACCAGAUUUUCAAGAAAAGUAUUUCCCUUUUCUUACCCAACGACGAAUAACCUUCAAUGAAUAUCAACAACGCGUAAUCUACAGCAAGACUUUUAGGCGAUAUUGCAGGCAAGCUAAUUCUAGUCAGGUAACUCUUCUACGUUAGAGGGAGAGAAUGAACAUCCUUGGUUUCGCUCUGUGUAGGACUGUCCUUUUGCGCAAGAUGUGUGACCGCAAUUGUCGGUUCAAGAACAUGAACAGGACUGUAUGAGCGGGGCACCAUCCAUAAGGUACUAGUACUAUUUGUUCAGUACAUAUAUUGGUUCUUUGGAGGGGAUAAUGCUUGUGAUGGGGGGUGAUCAAUAGCAAUUGAGUGAUUGCUUUUGUAAUGUUACUAGAAAGAAAUUAGGUCCGAUUUGGUGGGGCCACAAGGGUGCAUUUCAUAUGGCACAGGAAGGGGUUGGUUCUAGGUACCUAUAAUUAGGUGUUAGGAAUAUUUGUUUGGUACAUAAACUGGUUCUUUUUUGUUCUUCCUGGAUUUGUAUUAACUUGUUGCAUACUGAUCGGUUGGUGAAACGCAGUGUAGCCUUUUUUAUUGGCUAGAAAUCGUGUGUUUUUAAAAAUGCUUCUGGGCAUAAAAAAUGUUUACUUCCAAAAAAGAGAGAAAAAACGGCAUCCACAAUUUCGCGACGUCACUUCUGCGCGAGGGGAUAACAAAGAUAACGCGGAUCAAAUUGAGAGUCGUGUAGUACUCAAUCGGAUAAAACUCAAAUUUUGUGACAAGAACGAGUAUGAACUGGUGGCUAGGAAGAGUUAACUCCAAAAGUUAGUGAUAUUCCAUUUUUGUGAAAAUUUGAUAUUCCAACAAUUUUCAAAGUUAGUGAUCAAAUAUUUGUAAUGCAAUCUGAGCCGCACGAUGCAUCAGAUCCAAAGGCCAGAUUUUAUUCUUAUUUCUUUCACCAAGAUAUUCUUCGAGGAUCUCCAACAACCCUAGAAAUCGAUGGUGAUCUACAAUCCCUCGUUCCAGUUCCCCUCCCUCCUCUUGCUCAAUUGCAAGUUUCGGAAGCACACAGACAAAAUCUUUCGAAGAAUUUAGCUUCCACAGCCACUGGAUCGUCAAAAUUUCGCAUUGAAGCCGACGAGUGACCCGCUAGCUGAAGCCGCCGCAUGCAUUGACGGAGCUCUGUUACUCUCACUCCUCUUUUCUUUUUUUACGCAACACCACAAUCGGAAGAAAUAGACUCUGCCCGGCUACUCCUCCGCCGCCGCCGCUGCAGUUGUGACGCCGUCGCCGUGUCAUGUUGUUCAAUUUCCGACAAGGGUGGCAUAGAGUUGUCUUCUCUAUCACUUCUGUGUCAUAUAACAUCUGGAUGGAGCUCUUACACCUUGCCGUGCUACAAACGAGAUUUUCCCUCCUCUGGAUUACUCAAUGCAACCACCAUCCCACAAGUAUUCUAUCUCCUCAGAACCGAGUUUUUUGCAUCUGAACUUUUAGGUUGGUCUGCUGUUGAACUUUUUUGGGACAUUGCACCUAAGUAUAUGCUGAGGAUAUAGAUUCGGCUAAGGUGUGCUAUUUGUCAUCAAACUUUUGGUUGGAAAUGCUGACUCAAGGCUGAUUGAGGGUGAUCAUCAGGCUUAUAGUGCCAAAAUGUUAUAUACUUGAAGACAAAAUGACGACAAUAUGUCAUUACUACACAGACUUAUGGGUUUGAUUACAUGUAUCUAUGUUUUUCAUUAGGUUCUUGUUGAAUGUCUAGGACAAUUUUUGCAGGGGCGGAGGAGAGUGAUACAGUCCUUUGCUAUAUUGACCACGUGGGUAAUUGCCUUAGCUGGGAAAGGAGGUUAUGUUAGUUACAAUCUGUUAGUUGGUUGUUAGUUUGUUGAAAAGUUGUUGUGAUACAUUGUUAGGGCUAUAUAAACCGAUGUAUGUUCUAUGCUAAGGCAUGAAUAAUAAUCUGAAUUCAUC